AUGAAUACUUGCAAGACUCAACGCCGUGCUUUUGUCAGUCAACUCUGCUGUCUGAAAAGCAUCACUACCGCUAUCAAGAAGAGCAUCGUAGACGCCAUGCCGCAUUCCUCGGAAGCCAUUGACUUGCCGGCGUCGCACUCGCAAUCCUGCUCGCCCGGAACACAGACUUGCAAGACUCACUGUCAUGCUUGUUGCUCGGCCGCCAUGCCGCAUUCAUCGGAAGCCAUUGACUCGCCGGCCUCGCAAUCCGCGUCGCCCGGCAUGCAGCCAUGGUCGCCAGAGGUGGGUUGGGAGAGGUGGAUUGGGAGAGGUGGAUUGGGAGAGGUGGAUUGGGAGAGGUGGAUUGGGAGAGCUGGGUGCGUUUCUCAACGCCUCUCCUCUCGCCUGUGGCCGUGUGGUGAUGGCAGGAAGUUCACAGACCGCUUUCGCCAGCACUUCCUGCGAAAGCACCUGGGAGCUGCUGCAUUCUCCCAGCACGUUUCAUUCCACGGAGACGGUCAGCAGGAUUUCAAGCAGCAGCAGCAGCAGCAGCAGCAGCAGCAGCAGCAGCAGCGGCGGCAGCAGCGGCGGCAGCAGCGGCAGCAGCAUUCGGAUGGCGUUGGUUCACCUGCAGUGGCGUUCGGAGGGCUGUCGUAUGGCGAGUGCAUGAUGGCGUUCCUCGACCCCAAUGCUCGCUGCUGCCUCCCACCAGCCCCACCCUACCUCUCAUCUCUCACCAAUCCUCAACCUGCUUCCCACGCUCCUUAUCCUGCUUCCCAAACCGCCACUUUCUCUGCUGCUGCGUCUACCACCACCGAGUUUGCUGCUGCCUUCCCCGUUGCUGCUGCCUCCAACGCCGCUGCUCUGCGCCGUGCUGUGAAGCGACCGAGGGACGACUGCCCUGGGCUGGGCGCACACCACCUGUUGCUGGGUGGAGGUGAGAGCCUGUUGCUGGGUGGAGGUGAGAGCCUGUUGCUGGGUGGAGGUGAGAGCCUGUUGCUGGGUGGACAUGAGACUGGGUUGGUGCGAAGCUGGUUGGUGCAAGACGGUGUGGUGCGAGAGGGGGUGGUGUGUGGCACGGAGCACCAGCGUCAGUCAGUGGCAGAGCAGUUUCAGCAGCACGGGGCGAGCAGCGGCGUGCAGCAGCAGGCAUCAGAAGAGGCCCUUUUGGAGGCUCUGCUGCAGGAGGAGCGUCGCCAGCAGCAGGGAGGAGUGGCGAGCAGGGCGCAGCGGGUGUUGUGGCCGCGGCUUGGGUCGGAGAGUGCCCUUCCAGACGACGUGCUGCUGGGGUGCAGCAGCAGCGACGAACCUGCCUUCACGCAACGUGCUGCUCUUUGCACACUGCAGAGGGUGGAAUGGCUGCGCGUUGGGUCGGAGAUCGCCCUUCCAGACGACGUGCUGUUGGGACUUUGCUGUGAGGACCCUGCCUCCGUGCAACAUGCUGCUCUCUCUGCUCCUCUGCCCUCCCAGCCACUCGCACCGCUGCUAUCGCCAAUGCCCUCCCCACUCACUGCUCUGCGCGGCUCUGGUCCCGGCAGCACGAGCAGCUGCAUUUCAGCGAUGCUUGCUGGGAGUACAUGGGCUGCACAGGAGCAGGAAUACUAA